AUGUGGUUACGUCCCAAGAUAAAAUAUACCAAGUUCUUGAACUCGAUAGAUGAGACUAUAGUAAAGGGCGAAGAUACCAUUGAGAGCAUCAAGAAGAUCGCAAAAUGGACCGAUUACUGCACAUCUCAAGAGGUUGAAAAUAGGCCAGACAUGUUUCAAACAGUGAACUAUUUGGUUCCACUUGUGGAGCGUUGGAAGCCAACACCACCACCACAGGAAGAAGAUGCAUAUUCCAAGGAUACCACGACUCUUCGAGAGAAGUUGCAUAGAAGAAAAAUUGAAGCUGCUGAAGAACCAUCUAUUAGUUAUUCAACUCAACUUGUACGAUUCUUUUAG